UAUGAGGCUUAAGGCGUAGUGUUGACAUCAUGGCGGGUGGUGGCGGGCAGACACUGGCGCUCUCUCACUACCUCUCUCACUCACACACUCAUCAACACUUCACUAAGUCUUCACAGUAUUCACUCCUAGAUCUUGUUGAUGAUGUUAUUGUGGCCUGGAGCAGGGAAGAUGGCUGUCUUCUUUCUCAGCUACUAACUCCAACCAAUUCUAAAGUCCAGAAAUUAGCUCUAUCCAAGCCACCAGUUUGGGAGGUGGAACAUAUAAAAAUAAACAAAAGUGGGAGUGAUGUUGCCUUGAUUGGCCACCGAGGUGUUGCCAUCGUUGAGUUGCCUCAUCGUUCUGGCACUCCUCCACUGUAUGAUGGAGGGAGAAACACAAUAACGUGCAGGGUGGAGUACGUGGCCGAGCGAUUCUUCUCAUGUCAUCCUAAACUGGAGGUGGUGGCUGCUGCAUGGCAUCCAGGGUCUCUGGAGAACAACCACAUAGUUAUCCUUGCCUCGGAUAAUUACCUGCGAAUAUACAACUUAUCAACAAAUGAAAUUCCAGAGCAAGCAAUAUCUGUUGGAUCAGGAAGAGCAGGUGUUAUUAGUAGUUCCAGUUUCACUUGUAGUUCUAAUCUAGGAGAAAGUGCAGUUUCAUUUGAUUUCGGUCUUCCAAGUGAACCCGUAAAAUGCCUGUCUGGGAAUCCUGUCUCCAAUGGAGUGAUCGAAAAUUUGAUUGACCCAGAGAAUGUGAAGAGGCAAACAUAUUUAGGCCUGCAGUGGCCAGUGUUUAUACUGUAUGGCAACGGAGAAGUCUACUUCACAAUUACAAUCCUCGGCUCAAACAGACCACCCAUGCAUAGACUGUAUGGCCCCCUGAGUAUGACUCCAUCAUGUGACAGCAACUAUGGGCUGGACUCGUGUAGUCUUCUCGUACUGCAAUCCUCACCUCCGGUGCUUGUUAUUGCUACCACGGCUGGGCAGCUUCACCACUGCAUUGUCAUUGACAGUGACAUAAACAAUGAAGGGGAAUUACCUCCUGAAGACAGUAUCAACAAGUUUGGAGCCAAGUUUACUCCAACGACAGUCAAACUACACGUGUACGAGACUAUAGAGCUGCAGUUAUCUCUUCUCCAAGAUGAUGAACAUUUCACUUCGCUCCUCUCUCUCCAUCCAGACCCUACCACACCCACUCGGUACUGGGUGAGUCACGACGCAGGUGUCCAUGGCAUUACUGUUCCGUUGAUUGAGCAUCUCCUUCAGUACACUGACUUGCCUGAUGAUGCAGCUUUUUCAGUAAGUGAAGCUCCGUGUAUUGUGGAUCAUUUACUUUGUACAAGAUCACUCACUGCAGCUGGUCCGAUGCCCGUGGUGGGCUUAGUCGCUAAUCCUUCCCAUACUCUCUAUGUUCUGCUGGCUUCUGGCAGGAUCAUUCACAUUAAUCUACAGGCAGCUUAUGUACCUAAAGUUGUCCAACUCCCAAAUGCUGAUUAUGAUCUUGCUGUGUCCCCACUUAGAAAGGUCCACACGGAGAACUUUGAGGAUCACAUUAGAUGUGUUAUGCAACGUUUGUCGUCUCAGCCGCUGUUGGUCUCUGGUUCAAACUCAAAAGUAACCCCUGGAGAGUACCUGAAUCUUCUCAAUCGUAUAACAGCAACUCUUAGGAAGAACUACAUGCAACCUCAGCGAGCUGCUAGAAUAGACAUACAGAGAAGGUCAGACAUACUUAACGAACAGAAGCAAAGAUUACAAGCUGAAGUAGAUGACUUGCAAGUGAGAAAGAAAUCGUUAACAGAGAAAGCCCAUGAAUUGGCAGAAAAGUAUGAAGAAGCCAGUGAUAAGAAGAAACAAUUAGUUGAGAGAUUAGAGAGGGUAUUGAGCCUAGUGAUGAGAGCAUUACCUGUACUAUCCACGGGAGAGAAGAACAUGAUGCAGGAGUUAGAGUCCAUGCAGAACCACACCUCCACGUUAAUGAACCAGUUAGCACAAAUUAAGGCAAAGGACAAAUGGCAAAAUAGUCAGAUGGAAAAAAUUCUGAAUACAGAAGCUGAAAAAAACCACCGGGUGGCAUGUGUGUCGGAACAGCAGCUCAAGGUCCUCAAACAGGCCUUGACCAAUGAGGAUGAGAAGUUGUCAAGUCUACUGGAGCGAGUGAAACAAGUUAAGCACGACCUGCAGUUAUGAUGAGUGGUGUGGGAAUAACACAGCCUCAUUAGGAUUGAGGGAUUGUAUUUGAAGUGUCGCAUGUUUUGUCAUUUAUUCUAAUGAUUCAGAUGCUCUUAUUGGUAACGGAACAUGUUUGUUUUUUAUUCGUACUGGUAAAUUAAUAGAUCACAUUUUAAACGUUAUCGAGUUUUGGAAGAUAUUUUUGGUUAUUUUUUAUUUUCUAAUACUAUAGUAAAUUUAUAUGUUCAAUAAACUAAAGGAAUUGUC